AUGAGGCGUUCAGUGGAAUCAGUUCCUUGGGGUAACCUGGGGGAGUUUCCUUGGGGGAAUCGACCUCAGUGGGGCUCUGGUAGAAACAGGCCACAGCCAUUUCUGGUAGAUGAUGAAGUGGGCAAACCUGCUCAAGAACCAGUUAAGGUGGAGCCUGAAAAACCUCAAGAGCCUGUGAAUUUUCAGUCCAAGCAAAUGCUACAAGGCCCUGUGAAAACGUUGUCUUGGAGUUUUCCUAAAACUCCUGAAAAACCCAAGCAGCCUGCAGUGCCUUUUGAACUGCAGAUGCCAGUUCCUGCCCAUAGUGUAGCUGUUCAAUGUGGUGAGAACAGGGUCUUUGUGGAGGUAAAACAAGAUAUGUUUGGUAUUGGCCAGCCAAUCCAGCCUGCAGCUCUCACUCUUGGAGGAUGCACGGCCUCUGAGGUGGACCAGACUGCUCAAGUAGUCCUCUUUCAAUCGGAACUGCAGGAGUGCGGCAGCACGCUAACAAUGACUGAAGAUGAGUUGGUGUACAGUUUCACUUUGACCUACAAGUCUGAAGCUUUGGCUGGAACGCCAAUUGUUAGAACUGGUGGGGCUGUAGUUGGUAUUGAAUGCCACUAUUUCAGGAAGAACAACGUGAGCAGCAACACCCUCAGACCCACCUGGAUCCCCUAUGCUUCCACUAAGGUUGCAGAAGACCUCUUGGUGUUUUCCUUGAGACUCAUGACUGAUGACUGGAAAUUUGAGAGGCCCUCCAAUCAGUACUUCCUGGGAGAUCUCUUAAAUAUUGAGGCUUCUGUGAUUCAAUACAACCACGUGCCGCUCCAGGUUUUUGUUGACCGCUGCGUGGCCACCGUGGUUCCUGACAUCAGCACAGACCCCAGUUAUUCCUUCAUUGAGAACCAUGGAUGCUUCGUUGACCCAAAGAUAACGGGCUCCAGUUCCCGUUUUCUGCCACGCACCCAGGUUGACAAGCUGCAGUUUCAGUUGGAGGCCUUCCGGUUUCACCAAGAUGGUGCUGACACUAUCUACAUUACUUGCUUCCUGAAGGCAACUGCUGCUUCCUCACCAUUUGAUGCUGAGCACAAGGCUUGCUCAUUCUUGGUCGAUGGGUGGUCUGCAGCAGGUGGGAAUGAUCAGGUGUGUGGUUGCUGUGAUUCAAGCUGUGGCUUCAGGAAGGGCAGGGACGUUGACACCAAUACAGGUCCUUUCAUGACCAAGAUCUCUUCCAUGUGGGUGCUCGAGGAAAAAGGUGGGCAUUCCCCAUCCCUGCUUUUCCAGAUUAAGCAGGAACAGCUGCUUUCUAAGUGUCAACACACAGAAAUGGCCUACAUCUGCUCUUCCUCUUUCAGGCAUGGGUACAUCUCUUCUCAAUGGCUGUACACACCCUAG